AUGAUUGUAAAUAUAAUCACAUUGUUAGUUUCUUCGCUAUCAUUAACAUUCAUAGGUUUAUUGUACACAGAAAUAGUCAGUUAUAAAUAACAAAAGGAUGUUGAAAUAUUUAUUGGCUUCUUGAAUAAGUUUAUAGCAUAAAAUUAUUAUAAUUCCCAAUCAUUUGAUAGAUAAUUCAAUUCACUUCUUGUGUAACCUCAACAUGAUUAUUGCAUUCAAUCAGACUCAUAUAAAUAUUAUCAUCCAGAUGCCAUUAUGAAGGACACUUACACAUUUCGCGAGUCAUCGGGUCUUAUAAAGUAGGCACUUCAGCAACACUAUUUCGACAUAUUGCCAAAUGUGACACUUUACAAAAGAAACAAAGAGAUACCUCAUAAAUAUAAAUUUCCUUUAUAACUAACUUUGCCAUAGACUUAUUAUGAUUAAUUGCUAUUCUCCUUUAAAGUGGGACAGAGUUCAUUAUGUCUGUUCCAAAAUUAUAACCAUCUCCCUCAAAGAUCCUCCUUAUCCCACAAAAAUCAAUUAAUGACCAAUCAACUCAAUUAUUUAAAUGAUAUUAAAAAUAAAGGCUUGGAUGAAGAUUGUUUAAACAAUGCCACUUUUCUUCCUAAAACUUACAGACUUUUUGAAGAGUCUGAAUGCAAGCAAUUUUUCAAUUAUUUGAAUUCAACAGAGUAUCAAGAUAAAGUGAAAAUAGAAGGUCCUUAAUUUAUUGUAAAGAUGGGAUUAGAGGUUCAUAGAGGAAGAGGCAUUACAAUGAUGUUUCCUUAAGAAACUGAGGAGUUGAAGGACAAAUUUCAGAAUGGUUAGGUUUGUGGAUAAAUUAAAACUUAUAGAGUCGCCUAACAAUAUAUAGGAAAUCCUUAAUUAUUUAAGGGACAUAAAAUAGAAUUUAGAGUUUAUUGGAUUAUAGCAUCCACGAAUCCCUUGAUUGCAUAUGCAUAUGAUAAAACACUUAUAAGAAGAUGUAUUUAUCCAUAUGAUAAAUUCUCAACGCUCAAAGGAGCUCACGUUUGUAACACAGCAAUAGUUAAGAAGACUUUGUAAUCUAUGAUAAACGAAUCUCAAGAAUAGGAUGAGAAUGAUGAUGAUGACAAUGAUGAAGCUACUACUAUGAACAACAACAAAUCUGAGAAUAUCAAUGCGAAUGGUACAGUUAACAAUUCCAAUUCUGAAGAUCUUUAUAUUGAUUGGAAACUUGAUUACCUACAAGAACUAUUGCUGAAUCAGAGUAAAAUCAAAAAUAGAAAAUGGUUAAAAAAGGAAUUGUUACCUUAAAUUGAUAGAAUGAUUAUUCAUGCUAUCAGAAGCACACAAUAGACAUUUGCCAAAGAUAGCAAAUUAGGGGAGUUCUUUGCUGCUGACUUCAUUUUGACAGAUGAUCUUAAACUCUACAUAAUGGAGAUCAAUUACAAUCCAUAGACUCUCAAGACUACCGAGGCAAGACUGAAACAACAUACAAAAAUGGUCUAAGACAUGGUUGAAAUAUCCAAUGCCUAUUUGAGAAGUAGAUAUAUAAGAUUUAGAAAGAUCAUUGAUAAGGUCGUAGAGAAAUUAUCGAAAGGGAAAUCAAGAUUACAGGAUUUAGUAAAUCCGAAAAUGGGCUAGGAGAUUCAUUAAGCGUAUUAUAGCAGACUGGAACCAAACAUCAAGAUUAGUUCAACAAAUCUCUUUAGGUUGAUUCUGGAUGAUGGUCUAGAAGGAACAUCUAAAUACAAAGACCUAUUAUAAGAAAAAUGUCUGAAAUGA